CCCAAAAAACUAACAGGCCACUCUCUCUCUAUAACGAGGCUCUCUAGAUCUAAAGAGAGAACUGAUAACCCCCGGCUCUCUCCUCCCCCCGGCUCUCUCUCUCUCUCUCUCUCUCUCUCUAGCUCGCUCACAGUGCUGGAUCUCUCUCCAUCUCUCUCUCUCUCUCUGUCUCGUGUAGUUUCCCCGUUCGACGAGCUGCUGGACGAGCAGGCAUCCCGUGGUGGCGGGGAUUGUAGAUGCCGCAGUGAAUCGUGCUUGAUCUCGCCGCGUACUGAUCAGAUCUGAGAAGUGGACAGUGGCGCUUGAUCUUUUGGGAUUUGUUUUGGAUCGGUGUGAUAUUCUGUGGAUUUGAUGCUGGCAAUUGGGAAGUGAUUUUGGAUUCAAUUGGCUCGAUUGCAGUUGUAGAGUGCCAGUGAUUGGGGAAAAUGCUGACGAAGUUCGAGACGAAAAGUAACAGAGUUAAGGGACUGAGUUUCCACAGUAAAAGGCCAUGGAUCCUCGCAUCUCUCCACAGUGGUGUGAUCCAGCUGUGGGAUUACCGGAUGGGCACACUGAUCGAUAGGUUCGAUGAGCACGAUGGGCCUGUCCGUGGUGUACAUUUCCACAAAUCUCAGCCACUUUUUGUCUCAGGAGGAGAUGAUUACAAGAUCAAAGUAUGGAACUAUAAAACAUGCAGGUGUCUGUUCACCCUUCUGGGACACCUUGAUUAUAUCCGUACCGUGCAAUUCCACCACGAGCACCCAUGGAUUGUCAGUGCGAGUGAUGAUCAGACUAUCCGUAUAUGGAACUGGCAGUCUCGUACGUGCAUAUCUGUCUUGACAGGUCACAAUCACUAUGUUAUGUGUGCCUCAUUUCACCCGAAAGAGGAUCUUGUUGUGUCGGCAUCCCUUGAUCAAACUGUUCGUGUCUGGGAUAUUAGUGCCUUGAAGAAGAAGACAGCAUCUCCUGGUGAUGAUAUGUUACGUUUGAGUCAGAUGAAUACAGAUCUUUUUGGCGGUGUCGAUGCUGUUGUCAAGUAUGUAUUGGAAGGUCAUGACCGUGGUGUAAACUGGGCUGCGUUUCACCCUACCCUUCCCCUGAUUGUCUCUGGGGCAGAUGACCGCCAAGUGAAAUUGUGGCGCAUGAACGAUACCAAGGCUUGGGAGGUAGACACUCUUAGAGGGCACAUGAAUAACGUUUCAUGUGUCAUGUUUCAUGCUAAGCAAGACAUAAUUGUGUCCAAUUCAGAGGACAAGAGUAUCCGUGUGUGGGAUGCAACAAAGAGAACUGGAAUUCAAACCUUCCGCAGAGAGCAUGACCGUUUCUGGAUCCUUGCUGCACACCCAGAGAUGAAUCUUUUGGCAGCUGGUCAUGACAGUGGCAUGAUAGUCUUCAAGCUGGAGAGAGAGAGACCUGCCUUUGCAGUCAGUGGCGAUGCUUUGUUUUACACAAAAGAUCGAUUCUUGCGAUUCUAUGAAUUUUCCAGUCAGAAAGACACGCAGGUUAUUCCAAUCAGACGCCCUGGAUCUACUAGCCUCAAUCAAAGCCCAAGGACUCUCUCUUAUAGUCCAACAGAAAAUGCGGUUCUUAUUUGCUCUGAUCUGGAUGGAGGCUCUUAUGAGCUUUAUGUCAUACCUAAAGAUAGCAUUGGUCGGGGAGACAGCGUUCCGGAUGCAAAGAGAGGUAGUGGAGGGUCUGCUGUUUUUGUCGCUCGGAAUAGGUUCGCUGUGCUUGACAGAAGUAGCAACCAGGUGUUGGUCAAGAAUCUAAAAAAUGAGAUAGUGAAGAAGGGUCUGCUUCCUUUUCCUGCAGAUGCUAUAUUCUAUGCUGGAACUGGUAACUUGCUAUGCAGGUCUGAGGACAGGGUUUACAUAUUUGAUCUGCAGCAGAGGCUGGUUCUGGGUGAUCUACAGACUCCGUUUGUCAAGUAUAUUGUGUGGUCAAAUGACAUGGAGAGUGUUGCCCUGCUCAGCAAACAUGCAAUCAUUAUUGCCAGCAAGAAGCUUGUCCACCAAUGUACUCUUCAUGAGACGAUCCGUGUAAAAAGUGGAGCCUGGGAUGAAAAUGGUGUUUUCAUUUACACCACAUUGAACCACAUCAAGUACUGCCUACCUAACGGUGACAGUGGAAUAAUCAGAACCCUUGACGUGCCUAUAUACAUCACGAAGGUUUCAGGAAAUUCCAUCUUCUGCCUGGAUCGUGAUGGAAAGAACAGGGUCAUAAUCAUUGAUGCAACUGAAUACAUGUUCAAGUUGUCUCUGCUGAAGAAAAGAUAUGAUCAUGUCAUGAGUAUGAUAAGGAACUCGCAGCUUUGUGGGCAGGCUAUGAUUGCAUAUUUGCAGCAAAAGGGUUUCCCUGAAGUUGCUCUUCACUUUGUGAAGGAUGAGAGGACAAGGUUCAAUUUGGCUCUGGAGAGUGGGAAUAUUCAAAUUGCAGUCGCUUCAGCCAAGGAGAUUGAUGAGAAGGAUCAUUGGUAUAGAUUGGGUGUUGAGGCUCUCCGCCAAGGCAAUGCAGGAAUCGUGGAGUAUGCUUACCAGAGGACCAAGAACUUUGAGAGGCUGUCCUUCCUUUAUCUCAUCACAGGGAACAUGGACAAGUUGACCAAGAUGCUUAAAAUUGCAGAAGUCAAGAACGAUGUUAUGGGUCAAUUUCACAAUGCUCUCUAUUUGGGCGAUGUUCGUGAGCGCGUCAAGAUCUUGGAGAAUGCAGGCCACUUGCCCCUUGCUUAUAUAACUGCUUCUGUACACGGGCUCGAAGAUGUUGUUGAAAGGCUAGCAGGUGAGCUGGGAGAGAAUGUCCCAUCUUUGCCGGAGGGUAAGCAACCUUCUCUCCUGGUUCCCCCGAGCCCAGUCAUGUGUGGUGGUGACUGGCCCUUGUUGAGAGUCAUGAGAGGCAUAUUUGAGGGUGGGCUGGAUACUGCUGGAAAGGGUGUGGAAGAAGAAGAGGAGGGUGCUGAAGGUGACUGGGGUGAGGAGUUGGACAUGGUUGAUGUCAAUGGAAUCGAGAAUGGAGACGUGACAGCUAUUCUCGAGGACGGAGAAGUUGGUGAAGAAGAAAACGAGGAGGAAGGGGGUUGGGACCUUGAGGAUCUGGAGCUUCCCCCUGAGGUUGAGACUCCUAGGGCUUCCACCAAUGCUCGCUCCGCUGUCUUUGUCGCCCCUACUCCUGGAAUGCCUGUCAGCCAGAUUUGGAUCCAGAAAUCAUCUCUUGCUGGCGAGCAUGCAGCUGCUGGCAACUUUGAUACUGCGAUGAGGUUACUGAGCCGCCAACUUGGGAUACAAAACUUUGCUCCUCUGAGGUCCUUGUUUCUUGAUCUCCACACUGGUAGCCACAGCUACUUAAGAGCUUUCUCCUCGGCUCCUGUGCUGUCACUUGCUGUGGAACGUGGCUGGAGCGAGUCUAAUAGUCCUAACGUGAGGGGGCCCCCAGCCCUUGUCUGCAACUUCUCUCAGCUGGAAGAGAAGCUCAGAGCUGGUUAUCGCGCCACAACUGCGGGGAAGUUCUCUGAGGCCCUUCGCCUCUUCACCAGCAUCCUCCAAACAAUCCCCUUGAUUGUGGUGGAAUCAAGGAGGGAAGUGGACGAAGUUAAGGAGCUGAUCAUUAUAGUCAAGGAGUAUGUCUUGGGCCUUCAGAUGGAGCUGAAGAGGAGGGAGAUGAAGGAUAACCCAGUUCGACAGCAGGAGCUCGCUGCCUACUUCACCCACUUGAACCUCCAACUGGCCCAUCAGAGGCUUGCAUUGCUUAAUGCCAUGACUGUCUGCUUCAAGGCCAAGAACCUUGCCACUGCAGGUAACUUUGCUCGGAGGCUACUGGAAUCGAAUCCCGCUAACGAAAACCAGGCCAAGACAGCAAGGCAAGUCCUGCAGGCUUCAGAGAGGAACAACACGGACAUCUCUGAGCUGAACUAUGACUACAGGAACCCUUUUGUGGUCUGUGGAGCCACCUAUGUGCCAAUCUAUCAGGGCCAGAAGUACACCACCUGUCCAUACUGCAGCUCACGGUUCGUGCCAGCACAGGAAGGAAAGCUCUGCACUGUUUGUGAUCUUGCUGUUGUUGGAGCAGAUGCUUCAGGACUUCUCUGCUCUCCUUCACAGAUCCGGUGAUCUUUCUUAUUGAAGCUACAUGAGGAGACGAUUUUUCAAAUUUCAACCUGUCGACGAGUUUGCAACAUGGGGCAAACAGCACUGUUAACUGUUGCUGCAUUCGGAUUAGCUAGCAAGUCGGAAGGUCAGGGAUACUUUUCAAGGGUCGAGUUUUUACAAUGAUAUUUGUUUGCAUCUGCCAACUACUUUUACUUGGUCACUACACUCUCUCUCUCUCUCUCUCUAUCUCUAUCUUUCAUUUUGUUUUUGUUUACCUAGUGAUGAUUAUGAUUAUGAUUUUCAAUGUAAUAAUCAGACUUGUUUUGGAUUUUUGUACUUUGCUAAAUUCUUAGUUGUCUAUAGGUAAAGAAUAGUCUGAGGGCCCUUUGUUGUUGCCUAGAUGAUGGUCGUAAGCUGGGCAGAACUUGCAUGAUUAUGCAAAUUUGACGGACUUGCCAUUGAUGGCUGGUUUGCGUUGCUUAAUUGAAUCCUUUGAUGAUGAGUUGGGUCCUUUUUCCCCUGCCGGUUGUUGGCAUUUGCAGGCCAACAUCCUCUGCUAGUUCAAAUAAUUAAAAAUUUUCUGCUUUUAUGUCUUUA